AUGCAACGCUCUACUACUUCUGCCGCAACCAUUAUUAAUCAGUAUUUAUAUGCCACCAGUCGACGUGCCAUCCAUCGAUCCACACCGGCCUUCACGAGCAGCAAAGGGCAGGGAAGAGGACAGGAAGAGGAGGGAUCCGUGACCGAAGACAUUAAAGGGAAAAAGGCCACCAAACCAUACAAUGAAACCACACAAGCAACGUCGGCCUCCACAGAUGAAAUAAAAGAAACAGAUACGGCAUUCGAUCCAUCUACGGUGGAUCCCAAGAAUGAAAUGAAGGAGAUGAGCAAGGAGACCGAGGAUAAGAAAUCACCACUCGAUUGGUCAGGAGCAAAUGAGCGUGCUUCACCCCAAACCAAGAAACGAGAGUCAUAG